AUGUUGAUACUUAGAUGGUUGAGUAUCUUUCCUCUCGCUCUAUUGACUUUAAAGGUCGUUGCUGGGAAUAACAAUGGAAAAUGCAUGGUUCCUUAUGAAGAAUGUCCAAGCAAUAACUUUAAUAAGUUGACUGGUCUUCCUAAGGCAUCGAUUCUGGUAACUAGCGUGGUUUCAAAAGGAACUUCUUAUGAUAUUACGGUUCAUUUCCAAAGUACUGCCCUUCCAUAUACAAUUGAUGCGUUGUGGGAAUUGAAGAUCACUCAACCUGUGAAUACUUUCAUCUAUUCCGUAAAUGGAGGCGUAAAAGGAAUUAAUAAUCCUAAAAACUUUUACUAUACCUUCAAUUUACCUGCUUCAAGCAUGCAUGCCGGAUCUUCCACCAAUGAACUUUGUAUCCCUCCAAUCGCUUUUCAAUUCGAUCUUUGUACGGGUACAAAGAAUCCACCGAAACAAUGCAAGAAAGCCUCGUCUACACCCUGUGAAUCUUCGACACCUGAGUCUUCCACACCCUAUGAAUCUUCGACUCCACCUUCCCCAACUACACAGCAUUCGACGCCAUAUGAAUCAUCUAUUCCACCUUCACCAAUUCCAGAGUCUUCGCUGAAAAUUCUGACCACUCCGUUACCUGUAUCGAUUACAUCGAUACAAAUUACAACUUCCACAGUAAGUACCUCGACUGAAACAGGAACUGCGACGAGCACCUUGACAAUAUGUGCCAAAGGUGGCCACUGUGUAACAGUAACUACAACUUAUUGCCCCUCUGAACUGGAAACGGCAAUAGGUUCUCCUUCAGGACCAGGAUCGACAGAAACCAUUAAAAAGCUUACUCCGCUGGGAACUUAUGAAUCAGCUAAUACAGAAGUCAGUCCUCUGAUUGAAACCACAUCUACUCGCGGCUCCCCAGAAAUUGCAGCGGAGUCGACUAAGCUAACUUCAGGGACCCCACCAUUGACGACUGGUUCCUCAAUUGUAACAGAGGCAGGUUCUAGCUCGACAUCUUCAUCAGUGGCUUCCUUUGAGACAAUUCCUGCUUCAGGCUCCUCUUCUGUCUCUUCAGAAUCAGCCACUGUUAGUACCUUCGAAGGUUCUGCAAACUUUUUGUCUUCCAAAAAAUCAAUUUUGUCGGUAAUAGCUGCUACCUUUGCGACCUUCUUUAUCUGA